AAACGAUUGUAGUUUGGUGGUUCAAGGACCUAUAUUUCAUUCCUCCAAGAGACUGAAGCUCCAUUCCAAGUGAUCCAAGGGAGUCAGUCUUCUUGAUCUUCGUGUCAUUUUGCAUUCCUUGAAAUGUCGUACUCCAGCAAAACUUUGGAUGUGCUAGAAUAUGCCCAAGAACAUCCUUUAACAUGUCAAAGUGAGAAAAUGGCUUAUUUGCCAUUGGAUCAAUUGGACUCAUCUCGUUUGCCUGACGUAGUAGCCAAACUAAAUCGUGAUGACAUUAUUCUACCCCUUCAUGAAGCCAAUCGAAUUAAUGCGAUUAAAUCUGAUGACAAACGUCGCCAGCAUUUGGCUGACGUCACCAUGGCCUUGCUUUACAUUCCCUGUGGAGGUCUAGAUGAAGCUCAUGACAUCGUUUUACCGUAUAGCUGGCCCGAUCCAACGGAGCAAGCCGGUCAGCCCAUCAAGGACAGUCCAGCGUCUCACGAGUCCAAAUACGCGCACGCCUUUGUUCAUCGCAAGGAGGGAGAUAUUCACGGCGAGCUUGGCAUGAUUGGCUUCGAUAACGCCUGUUACUGGUUUGGCACAACUGGCUAUCAUCCGCUCUAUCCUGUGGUGAAAAGUAGAGCCUUGGACUUGGCCAAACAUGUCGAUGAGGACACUCAAAAGUUGGUCUUGGAACGCCUGGAUGGAUGUGAUUGGUAUCCCGAUAGGUUCACCAAACUUUGCGAGAUGGCUUUGAAGUCUAAGGAUGAUAAAUUGACUAGUUAUUGCUCUGAGGUCACACGAAUGGAAUGGAAAUUGCUCUUGGAUGUGUGCAAUAACAUUGUUAAUCCAAGUCAAUUGACUAUCAAAGUAUGAACAAUAUGCAUGCCAUUGUUUUCGUAGACGCUUGAGAUAGUAGAGAUAAGACCGGUCUUGUUCCAGAAAAUAUUUUCCGUCGGAGGAUACUGACAAAUAAAAGUCGAAUUUAUCA